CGGACAUCUUACCUUGGAGGCGGUAGCAGCCAGAGUUCCUGAAGUCUCAUCAUGCCUCCCAAGGACGACAAGAAGAAGAAGGAUGCCGGCAAGUCGGCCAAGAAGGACAAGGAUCCCGUGAACAAGUCCGGUGGCAAAGCUAAGAAGAAGAAGUGGUCCAAGGGAAAAGUUCGAGACAAGCUCAACAAUCUGGUUCUGUUUGACAAAGCAACAUAUGACAAACUCUGCAAGGAGGUCCCCAACUAUAAACUUAUCACGCCUGCAGUAGUCUCAGAGAGACUGAAGAUCCGAGGUUCUCUAGCCCGAGCAGCCCUCCAGGAACUGCUUAGUAAAGGUCUGAUUAAGUUGGUUUCCAAACACAGAGCACAAGUGAUAUAUACUAGGAACACCAAGGGUGGAGAUGCUCCUAGCUGGCUCGCUAACUGUAAAGAUUAA